AUGGCAAAUGCUGCAGACGAACACUUAGACUUAGGCAGCUUCGACCUCAUCAACGACCUCGCGCAUCAACACCCCGGCUACUCCAACUUCGUUUCCCACCUCGCCGAGCUGCUUGCGAGUGGCAGCAAUGGUUUACCACCAUUCAUUCACAUUACCGACACGACUUCCAGCGGAGCACGCGUCGUGUCUUCCAUCAUUGACGACGUUCUCUCGCGUGCGCCCGGCCCUUCUGGGUUCUCUUCUCACUCCGAGGCAUCGACAUCUUCGCCAAAGAAGACUCCACCAAGAAGCUCAAGUAGACGGGGGAAAGGGAAGCAAAAGGAGAAAGGCAAUGCGGAGACGGGGCAGGAUAACACGGAGGAAACACCCAAUGCGAAGCCAACGAUCCCGGACUUCCCUCCUCUCUACGUCGCACACGUGAACGCCGUCGCGUGUUUCAAGCCGCGACUCUUGUACGACGGCGUGCUGAACCAGCUGGCGCAAUGGAUUCCAUCAUGGUCGGAUGGGUGCACGAACUGGCCUGGACCCAACGGGCUCGGUUCAGAGGAGAGGUGGAACGACUGCUUUGACAGCUUCUGCGAGGGGUUGCGGGCGGUGUAUGCGCAGGGUGCUGGGAAGAAUGCGAGUGGUUUUGGGAAGGACAAUGUUGAAGGGAAGGGGAAGGGAAAAGCCAAGGCAGUGGAUGACGAAGAAUUUGAAGGGAUGGAUGAGGGCCCAGUGCUGGUCAUCGUGAUCGACAAGGCGGAGCGACUGAAGGAGAACAUGCCUGAGGUGAUCGUGCCCUUGACGUGUCUGGCGGAAGUGGCACGUGUAAGAAUCAGCGUAAUCCUGGUGUCUACUGUGCACUGGCACGAUAUGCGACCGCCGAAUGGCGCAGCACCAGACCCAUAUUGCAUUGCCGUUGAGCCUCCAGCACAACAAGAAACAAUCGAGCGCCUACUCCAAUCCUUCCGAAAUACCUGCACCACCAAAGACGACUCAAUUCCUUCUACCGAUGUCUAUAACGUAGCUCUCGAACCGCUCUACAAGAGUUACGCAGAAUUCCUAUACGGCGCUUGCGCCAAAUUCACGCACGAUCCCGCGCAGCUGCAGUACGUCGCUGCAGCACGCUGGCCCGGCUUCGUACAACCCAUCCUAGAGCGUUUACGGGAGGAAGAUGAUGAUGAUGAGGUCGCUAUGGACGUCGAAGCGACCCGAGAUGGGGAGCAAGAUUCCCCUAAGGACAGGCGUGCGAGGAGACUCCGCGCUCUACUGAACGAAGACCACCGCCUCCGUCUCCUGGGGUACUUCCGCACCUCAAUCACAUCCGCCGUCGAGACUCUUCUCCCGCGCAAGUCCCAUGCCGUCAGCUGGGCGAAGACAAACGAGCCCCCGGAGGGCGUGCUCGCCAGCCCGGACUCUGGCAUUCCCAUUCCUCGACCCGUGGCUGCUACCGCUGCCCAUGGACACGGUCAAAGCCAGAGCAGCAGUAUGGUCCUGCACCUGCCUAGGCUGUCGAAGUACAUCUUAGUCGCGUCCUUCCUCGCGUCGACGAAUCCCGCUAAGUCCGACUUGCGGAUGUUCGGCCGAGGAUCGGACGAACGGAAGAGGAAGAGGCGGAGGGCUAGAUCAACCUCGCCGAGGAAAGGGUCGGCGAGUGGCGCGGUCAAGGUUGCCCAGCGACUUGUAGGUCCUUCCCCAUUCCCACUCGAUAGAUUGCUUGCCAUCCUUGGGGCGCUUCUAGAAGAGAACGACGCCGAAGACAGGUUGCCAGCGCCGCAUUUAUCCCUUCCGGGAGAAUAUACUGACAUGGAAUUGCGGCGAGUACAUGUCUACGCAGCUAUCUGCGAACUGAGCGCCAUGCGAGCGCUGCAGCGGACGACGCCGGUGGAGAAACUAGAUGGACCGCCGGCGUUUAAGUGCGGAGUAUCCUACGAGGUCGUGUCGGUGUUAUCGAAAGAGCUAGGAAUCAGGUUGCAGGAUCUAAUGUGGGAUUCGGAGAGCAUAUAGCACACGUCGGUUUUCGUCAAUGUCAUAUUAUUUUUCGCUGUCGAAUCAUUCGGAGAAACGGCGGUUUCGACGCUUCUCCCGAGACUCUGACAGACGGAAACCGCAAGAAACUAUUCACUAAACCUCAAACAGG